AUGUUAGUAUUGAAAAACAUGUUCCUUGACAAAAUAAAACCAACUACAGAAAUAAACGACGCAAGACUGAAAGAUUGGGUAAAAGCUUUCCCAUUCACAAAAGAUAUUGUUGGUAACAUGGAAAGAAAACCAGAAUGGCUACAAAAACAUAUAUUUGGAAACGAGCAUAUUCCAUAUGGACAGGCACUGUUUGAAGAGCUUGAACCGGAAACUCAGGAAAGAGUCAUGCAAACAAUACGCGAAGACUCAAAUACAGACUAUGACAAACUCUUUCUAGGAUAUAGGUUACCUGAGAUGGGCGACCAGAGCCAAAAGGCAAAAAGGAUAUGGGAAAUUUGCAACAUACUAGAUGAACAUAAUGCAAAGAUGCAACAACUUCAAGCAGAGGGCAAUGAAGGAAAAAGAAGAGUUAAAAACUCAGUCAGGAAGAAAGUAAAGCUUGGUCCACGUGGGUUCUAUUAUGACAUAUAA